AUGUCGACCACCACGCAGCAGGGCAGCGGUGCUGCUGCUAAUCUACCCUACACUUGCAACACUUGCCUCGUUGCUUUCCAUCGCAGCGAUGCGCAGCGAGACCACAUGCGGAAGGACUGGCACUUGUAUAACAUGAAACGUCGUAUCGCAUCUUUGCCGCCCGUUGCUUUGGAAGUCUUCAACGAGAAAGUCCUCGCCGCAAAGGCAAACUCGACCCAAGCCGCCGCCAAAGCGUCAUUUGAAAAGACCUGCCACCCUUGCCAGAAGACCUUCUACAGCGAAAAUUCCUACCAGAACCACGUGAAGAGCUCAAAGCACAAGCAACGUGAACAUCGUCUUCGCAAGGAUGGGGAUGAUGCGUCUGUUGUGAGCUCUGCAUUCUCCAUGGGCGAGCCAGUUAGCAAGUCCAAUGAAACAGAUGUCGCAAAGGUGACAAGCGGACUACAGUCCACCACCAUUCAAGAGGAAGACGGCGAUGUUGAGAUGCGAACCGACAAGACCGAAUUCUCGGUUGCCCGCUGCUUGUUCUGUUUGAAUGAGUCUGCUGACGUCAAGUCCAAUGUCGAGCAUAUGUACAAGACACACGGCAUGUUUGUUCCUGAGCAAGAUUAUCUUGUUGACCUCGAUGGACUUCUCAACUAUCUCUACCGCAAGAUCACCGAGAAUCACGAAUGUCUCUACUGUCACGCAAUCCGCAACAACGCCGAGGGAGCGCGUACACACAUGCGAGACAAGGGUCACUGCAUGAUCGCCUUCGAGGCCGAGGAGGAGCAGAUCGAGAUCGGACAGUACUACGAUUUCCGCAGCACUUACUCUGAUGGAGAAGAGGAUGAUGAAGAUGAGGAUAUGGCUGAGUCUGGUGGCGUGAAGGUCAAAUCUGAUGGGGACGACGAUGGCUGGGAGACAGACGCAUCCUCUGUGGAUGAGGAUGGCGAGAUCGAUACACGCCGCAAGGCACCCCUCGUCUACCAGGACGAGUACGAGCUACACCUUCCUUCCGGUCGCAGUGUUGGUCACCGCUCCCUCGCCAAGUACUACCGUCAGAAUCUGGACAAAUACCCCACUCCGGAGGAACGCCUGGAACACCAACUGGCUAUUGCCAACGGAGAGAUUGACGAGAAUGAGAAGCCUCGUGGUCGGAACCAAAACCGUGCUCUCAUCACACGUGCCAAUGGUGGCACUGGUAUGAUUGGUGUUGGCGAGCACGCGAGAGAGAAAGUCCGGUCUGCCGAGCGCCGUGAACGCACUCGGGCUUUGCGAGCCGAGAAUCGGUACCUCGCUCGCAUUCAAAGAGCCAAUAACUCCCAAAAGCACUUCCGCGACCCUCUUCUCCAGUGA